AUGCAGACGGUGUUUUCCUAUCAGCUGAUCUGGGAUCGUUUUCCUGCCGUGAUCCUGUCUGUUCCUGAAGUUCCUAAUGCUCUGUCUCAGUCAAUGAACAGUGGGUUCAGAAGACCGUACCCCCCUGGUUCCUCCUGGUUCCCCCUGGUUCCUCCUGUGGUCCUCCGGUUGUCCUAUGCUGGUCCUGGGGAUUCCCUGACCUGUGAGGACGCCAGGACUUUCCAGGACUCCAGGAGAGUUCUGUCCUUUGAGAGUUCCCCUAAGAGUUUCUACGUCUGCCGAUAUAUAAACCUCCAGCGGACGCUCAGCUCCACAACCGGUCUGCACCGAGAAAAUCCAUCACCUGUCCUGACUGUUGCUCACCUGUCCUCCGUCCUCUGUCCUCUGUCCUUCAUCCUCCGUCCUGUCUCAUCUAUCAGGGACGUGUCUGACCUCAUCAUGCUCACCAGGAACCUCGUCUUCCUGGUCUCGUUGGUCCUGAUGGUGGAGGGAGACCUGGACUCCAACGACACUGGAAUACAAGCCAUGUCCACAGAUAAGGACUCGACGUCUGAUGAAGCUCCUACCGAGAGUAUGAACGCUGUGUCUCCAGAUCAGCCCGAUGAGUUUCAGUUCCACGGAGGAGGACCAGCAGACACCAGCAGCUCCAGUUCAGAGGCAGCAGACGCUCCAACAGCCAAUCAUGUGACAGCACCUGAGCCCGUCGCUGUGGCUGCUGCUAACAGUGUGGAGGAAGAAGAUGAGGAUGAGAACGCCGACUCUGAUGAAGGUGGGAAGAAAAAGUUUGCGUCCCGCUCCUCCAAACCUCAGAGCCCCGCCCACACUCACCUGAGCCAGGUACAUGACGUCCAGCGUCCCGGCCUCUCGCUGCCACCGGUCGUCCCUCAGCCCAAAGCUCUGGCGAGAAGACGGACGUCCAAGAGACGAGCCAAGACCAACCGCCGCCAGAUAUAAGACGCCCCCCAACGGCCACCGUGAAACCUGUACUCUGUCACAACACACCUGUACUGUAUGAACACUUUCACCUUCCACUACCGAGCCAUCUGAUUGGUGGACGGGCGACCAGGGGGCGGUCAGGAGGUCGUAGUCCAGCCAACUGUACUAGUGCAGUAAGAACAGGUUGAUCAGGUGAGAUGGAAGAACGGAGCGGCUCAGUUAGUCCGACGCUCCACAAACGCUCCAGUGACAUGUUCACGGCUUCUGUUUGUUCCUUUGUCCUGUUUUAAUAAAGUUAAACUGAAUUCCA